UUCUUUUGCAGUCUCAUUUCGAUCUAGCAUAGCCAUUUACGUUUGCAUUUGCAGUACUGUCUUAGUGUGUUACUGGUUUUCUUGUCAGUCACCAAAAAUUAAAUUUACUUAAAUUGCAACAAUGGCUGGGAGUGCUGGGCAAAAAGAGAAAACUCAGGCAGAGAAUAUGCAGAAGAUUGACCUAACAACUUUGACACUUCCACAACUGGCUCAAUUAAAACAACAACUGGAACAGGAUUUGAGCCUCUAUCAAGAUUCUCUUCAAACGUUAAAGAUCGCACAGACUAAAUUUCAGGAAUCAGCUGAGAGCGCUGAGAAACUAGAUACUACUCAAGAAGGGGCCCCUAUACUGGUCCCACUAACUGGAUCUAUGUAUGUGCCAGGAAAAAUUUGUAAACCAGAACAACCUUUGAUUGAUAUUGGAACUGGAUACUAUGCUGAAAAUACAAUUGAACAAGCAAAAAGUUAUUUCAAGCGUAAAGUCAAGUUUGUCACUGAGCAGAUGGAAAAAGUUCAGAUGCUAGGCAUUGAGAAGAGUCAAGUCAGAGAUGCUGUAGCUGAAGUGAUGGAUUUGAAAGUCCAAGCCCAAGUUGCCGCUAAUCCGCAGCAGGCACCCGUUCGCACGUGAGAUACCAAUUAGUAACAAUACAAUUUCACCUUCAACAGA